GAGCAAGCGGCGGCUCGGCUGGCCCAGGCGGUGUCACGUGCCCCUGCCUUCGUCUCCGGAGCGGGAGUGGCCGAGAGUAGCCGAGCGUUUCCGAGCCGAGCCGACGACAGCCGAGCAUCGCCGAGCCGAUCGUCCGGCUUUACGGACUGAGGAGGAAGGGCAGGAGAAGGAAAAGCAAAGGUCUUGACAGCGGAGGAGGAGCGUGUCCUUCCCGGGAACAUUUACUCAACCGCGGAUUAAUUCCUCAUGACUUCUAAUGGAAAGACUACUGGCUUGUAGGAACAGUAUAGAUCGGAAUUGCUGCUUUAUAGGGAACACGUUCGGUCCAGCAUUGCAGCUGAUCUGUUGUUGAAUUAUCUGAUAAUUGAUAGAGGACCAGAACAAGCACAGAACAGCCUCGGGACGUUACAGCACAUCCAGGAGUCCUGAGGCCAUUUGUAGCAUUUCAUCUACCAUCUCAGUUGACGUCAGCUAACUGAGUACAGAUCAGGGAUGGGAACUUUUGGUCUGUGUGGAUUUCACAACCAGUAGGGGCUCCAUAUGGUGUGCCACAUGAAAUGAACAAAGGACCCCAACCUAUUGGAGGACUUCCAUCUGCCCCACACCCAUCCCCUUCUGGAAUAACCCAGACUGCCUAUCAAUCUGGCCAGACAACUGCUGCAGUAGUUUAUGCACCACAGCAAUCUCCACAAAUGAACACUCAACCACAACCACGGCAGCAAUACUACGCAAACAGAGCCCAGCAACAGAAUAGUGCUUCCAGGGUUCAGAGUAGUGCAACGACUCGACCUGUGGCCUCUGCUACCCAUGUCUACCAACCUGGCUCACAGACUAUUAUGAUGAUGACAACCCAACAGAUUCCUGCUUAUCAAUCACAAGGACCUUAUUAUGUCCCAAACCAGUUCCGUUCAUCAUUUGUACAGCCAACUCAGCAGUAUCCUGUUCCACCCGGGACUGGAUUUUAUCCAAACCCAAAUCCUGGGGAGUACCCUUAUGGAACCUAUUAUCCAGCAACACAGGGAGUGCAAUCAUAUUCUGCACCAGUGGCGCCUGCCACUGUUAUGAUAAAUCCGGCUCAGCCACAAAUGCCUCCAAAAAGAGAACGUAAACAGAUCCGGAUAAGGGAUCCAAACCAGGGUGGAAAAGACAUCACAGAAGAGAUCAUGUCUGGAGGAAGAUCGGGUUCUACACCAACGCCGCCACAGUCUGCAGGAGGUUUAGAAGGAAGUGGUGCUGUACAAGCAAAUGGGGAAAGUCCUCAUCCUGUUCCCGUUGUCAUUCGGCCAGACAAACCAAAGUCCCCUGCAGUGAUAUCGAAACCAGUAGAAGAGCCAAACCAACUUGACAGACCUAUUUCGCCUGAUAUUGUAGAAAACAAAUCUGAAAAUGACACUAAACCACCAGAGUCCAAAGAAGUACAAGAAAAUACCGUCACAGAGCCAGAGGACACCACAGACAUUACAGUCUCUUUUGAUGUGACUGUGACAGAUUCUGUGCCACCUGAUGGUGAUGGUGGUAAUGAUGAUGGCGUUGGUGGUGGUGGUGGUGAUGAUGAUGAUGGCGAUGAUGUUGAUGUUGAUGAUGAUGUUGUUGAUGAUGAAAUAAAUCCUUUGGCAGAACCUAUUUCUUUGACACAUGCAGUUCAAGAAAUGCAAGAAAGUGAAACAGAGGUAAAAGAACUACCGAAAGAGGUGAUUCCAGAAGAAUGUAGCUCAAAAGACUUGACAGUGGAAAGUAAUGGUUUUACACCAGCAGAGGAAGUUGAGCCUAGUCAAGUGUCUGAGCCUUCAUUAGAACCUCUAGAACCUCCACUUGAACCUGUAAUGGAUUCGCCCAUUGUACAACCUGAAGAACCGAAAAUGACAAAUGGACUGGAGCUUUCAACAAAGCAGGAUUCUGAAGUUUCAGAAGUUCAACAGGAAUCUCACAUCAGUCCUAUUUCUGAGCCUGAGGCACCGACAUGUGAAGAGAAUGCAGAAGUAUUAGCACCUUCUGAAGAGAAGGAGAAGGAAAAGGAAAAGGAAAAGGAAAAGGAGGAGGAGGAAGAGGAGGAUAUUGCUGAAGUCCAAAUGCAGGAUGCCUUGCCAUCAGCAGCUACUUUAUCCCAGACUAACGACAAUUCUACGCAAGCUGCAGCUGUAUCUGUGCCAAAGAAGAAGAGGAAAAUGAAGGAUUUAAACAAAAAAGAAGCAGUUGGAGAUCUUCUCGAUGCUUUCAAAGAGUCUCAAGUAAAAGAACCUGCAGCUGAAUCUGUUGCCCAGCCUACAGCUGUAGGUGUUGAAGUGACUGAAACAAUUCGUCCGACACGUGACGAACCUGAGGAAACCUGGGAGGAGAAGGAAGAUAAACAAGACGUAGAAAACAUCAAGCCGGAUGGAAUUAAGUUGUCGGAUCAAAAAUAUCAAUAUAAAGAAGAAAAUUGGAAGCCACUUAAUCUUGAAGAUAAGAAGAAAUAUGACCGUGAAUUUCUCCUGGGGUUCCAAUUCAUCAAUGCUAGUAUGCAGAAACCUGAAGGUCUACCAGCAAUUAGUGAUGUUGUAUUGGAUAAGGCAAACAAGACUCCUCUUCGUCCUCUUGAUCCAAGCAGGCUGACUGGUAUGAACUGUGGACCAGACUUCACUCCGUCCUUCGCACAAAUAGGGCGACAGCAGAUUGGAAGAGUGCCUCCUUCAGGUGUAGGCCCAAGAAGAUCUCAACAAGGCCAAAGAAAGGAGCCUCGCAAAAUUAUUGCAACUGUAUCCCUAAAUGACGACAUACAACUUAAGAAGGCAGAGCAUGCUUGGAAACCAACGGUGAAGAAGCCAUCUGAGGAAGAAGAACCAGAUUUGACAGAUACACAGGAGCUGUUCCGCAAGGUGCGCGGUAUUUUGAACAAACUGACACCACAGAUGUUCCAGCAGUUGAUGAAACAAGUUGCAGAAUUGACAAUUGAUGACGAAGAGAGGCUUAAAGGUGUUAUUGAUCUGGUGUUUGAAAAAGCAAUUUCUGAACCAAACUUCUCUGUUGCCUAUGCCAACAUGUGCCGCUGUCUUACAACUCUGAAAGUUCCAAUACCUGACAAGCCGGGAGCAACUGUAAAUUUUCGGAAGUUGCUGUUAAACAGAUGUCAGAAGGAAUUUGAAAAAGAUAAAGAUGAUGAUGCUGUAAUAGACAAAAAACAGAAGGAAAUUGAUGCUUCAGUUAUGUCUGAAGAAAAAACUCGUCUGCAAGAGCAGUUAAAGGAUGCCAGAGAUAAAGCCAGGCGACGAUCACUAGGCAAUAUCAAAUUUAUUGGUGAACUCUUCAAACUGAAAAUGUUGACGGAACCAAUUAUGCAUGACUGUAUAGUGAAGCUGCUAAAAAACCAUGAUCAAGAAUCACUAGAGUGCCUUUGUAGGUUGUUAACGACAAUAGGCAAAGAUUUGGACUUUGAAAAAGCCAAACCUAGGAUGGAUCAAUAUUUUAACCAAAUGGGAAAAAUAAUUAAAGAGAAAAAAACGUCAUCUAGGAUUCGCUUUAUGGUGCAGGAUGUAAUUGAUCUGCGACAAAAUAACUGGGUGCCUCGAAGAGGUGAUCAAGGACCCAAGACAUUAGAACAGAUACACAGAGAAGCUCAGAUAGAAGAACAUCAACAGCAUUUAAAAGUGCAACAACAACUACUAUUUAAACAGGAUAAAAGGAGAGGUGGUGGAAGCAGCAGUAGUACAGGUGGUAGAGGAAAUCAAGGAACUGAUGAAGCAGGCUGGAAUACAGUACCGAUUGCAAAAAGUAGCAGGCCUAUUGAUACAAGUAGGCUAAGUAAGAUUACUAAGGCGGCUGGGGCCAUGGAUUACAACAAUCAAGUGCUGGCACCAGCUGGUCGACUUGGUAGCUGGGUAAAAGGGAGCAGUGGUGGAUCUGGAAGCAAGCCUAGUGACGCAGGUGUGGAUUCAGGAAGGACAGCCACAUUAAAUAGAUUUUCAGCUCUCCAACAGUCUUCAUCCACAGAUAAUUUUGAUGCACGAAGAGUGGUGCCCAGCAGGAGUAGUUCAAGUCGCGAUAGAAGUGAAAAAGGUGAUCGUGAGCGAGGAGACCGGUUUGAAAGAAAUGAACGUUUCGAGAGAAGUGAGAGGAAUGAUCGAUUUGAAAGAAUUGAACGCAGUGAAAAAGGUGACAAAAGCGAUCGCGUUGAGAAAUCUGAAAAGACUGACCGCAACAGACCUCCGCUAACCAAGAGAAGCUACAACAAAGAAGUCGAUGACCGAAGUAGGGAAAGGGAACGACGAAAUUCUCAAGAACCAGUAAGACGUGUGGCCAGCAUGACAGAAGAGAGAGAUCGAGGAUAUUCGAGAGAUCCAAGCAAAGAGCCUGUUAAGCUUGAACCAAUCUCUGUUUCUACAACAUCUGAUAAAUCUGCCCUUUCUGAUGAAGAGUUUGAAAAGAAAUCCAAGGCCAUCAUUGAGGAAUAUUUGCAUAUCAAUGAUAUGAAGGAAGCAUUGCAAUGUGUACAGGAACUUGAUUCAGCUAAGAUAUUGCACGUCUUUGUUCGAAGUGGGGUCGAGUCAACUUUGGAAAGAAGUGCAAUAGCAAGAGAACACAUGGGCAUGCUUCUGUACCAACUUGUAAAAGCUGGCACUCUGUCAAAACAACAGUAUUACAAAGGGCUAAGUGAUACCCUUGAAAUAGCUGAAGAUAUGGAAAUUGAUAUUCCACAUAUAUGGCAAUACCUUGCUGAACUAAUAGUUCACAUGUUGCAUGAUGGAGGUAUACCAAUCGCAGAGCUUUUCAGAGAAGUGGCCAAACCACUUAUCACCAUUGGAAAAGCUGGGCUUCUGCUCGCUGAUCUUCUAUGUGUACUGUGCAAAGAAAUGAGCCGAAAGAAGGCAGGUUCGUUGUGGAGAGAAGGAGGUCUGAGCUGGAAGGAAUUCCUUUCUGAGGAAGAGGACGUUAACAAGUUUGUCACUGAGAAGAAAUUAGAAUUUACUCUGGGAAAUGAAUCUGAUCUUGAGGCCACGCCAAGCAAAAUGGAAAUGUCCUUUGAUGAACUGUGUGAACAGUUUGAUAAACUAAUUACGGAGAAAGCUGAAAACCAAAGAAUAUUUGAUUGGAUUGAAGCCAAUUUAGAUGAAAAGCAAAUGAUUUCACCACACUUCAUCAGGGCAUUAAUGAAGUCUAUCUGCCAUUCUGCUGUUGUAUUUGAAACCCCUAUUCGUGUUGAUGUGGACAUCAUUAAAAAUAGGGUAAAAGUCCUGACAAAAUACCUGAAUUCUGAUCCCCAGCGUGAACUACAAGCACUAUAUGCCCUCCAGGCAUUAAUGGCAAUAUUAGAACAACCAGCAAGUUUACUAAGGACAUUUUUUGAUGUUUUGUAUGAUGAGGAUGUUAUAUCUGAAGAAGCCUUUUAUAAAUGGGAGUCCAGUAAAGACCCAGCAGAGCAACAAGGAAAAGGAGUAGCUUUGAAAUCUGUGACAGCUUUCUUCACUUGGUUAAGAGAAGCUGAAGAAGAAUCGGAAGGCAAUUAGAAAUCAUUAUUGACACAUAUCAGUCAUAUGACGAAUCGCAUUCGGCAGAUGAGGACUGCCCUUUUGAGUUUUUGCACAAUCAAGUGCUUGGUUCUGAGAACGUCAAUUCAAUAAACCCUUGGUACUUCAAGGUUUUAUCUAUUUUUUAACAUCAGCAGUUCAUGUCUAACAAAUAUAACUAUUUAGAAAAUAAAUUAGGGCUGCUGAGAUGAUCUUUGAAAUUAGGUGGUUGUCAUGGGCAUAGGAAAGUGGUGGGGAUUUUUGAUUUUUUUUAAAAGAAUGGUGGAUACCUUGGUGUUAAAUCACCAACGAUGCAAACUAAUUUAGGGAUCCCAGGAUAUAUCAACUUGGCUUCCCUAUGCUAGAUUUUUUUGAGGGGCGGGGCACCCAGACCCUUGGACUCCUCUGUUCUUAUGCCUAUGAGUUGUAUAAAAAGCCUUGAACAAGCCUGUAGUGGAUUUUAAAAAUCAGUAAGAGUUUAACAGUUUAAUUAGACAAAACGAAAAGCAGUACAGUUCCUAGAUGAUUCUACUUAAUGUAGGACAGUUAGGGCAGUUCUGUAAAUAUAUGUUUUGCAAUAUUGCUAAUGUAAUGCCAUGUUAUUUCUGCUGUCUUUGAUAAAGUGCAGCAGUGUCUCCUGUAUUUAUAGAAUUCCUCAGUUCAUAAGGUGCUUGUAAUUAUCAACCAGAAUGAAUCCUUCAUUGAUUACAGUUUAAAUGAAUGUGUAAAUACUUUUGCUUUAUUAAGUAUUUAAUUAAAAAUUAAUGCCUCUUUUCACAUCCGAAACUGGAAAAUAAAGAACAUAUUGCAAAGUAAUAAA